UCUUCAUACCCAACUGAUUUGGGUCUCAUUUUCAUCUAUGAUCUCAUUUUGACCUUGCUGUUGAUAUUGUGGAUGUGGGUUUCGAUUUAUUUCCCUUCUUUUUGCAUCCCUAUGAAGAAUGACUGAAAGUAGUGGCCUGACAUCUGUUGAUGAAUAACACUCAGUUCUGAGGGAUGCGAUAUGCUUUGAUUUCGUGUGAUUUGGUUAGGAUAUGAUGUGUUUUUUGUUCCCAACUAUUUGUUGUCCUUUGUUUUCAACUGGGUUCAAGAGUAGAAUUCCUGAAAAGCAAUUUUUUUCUUUUGGGCAGCCCUGUGAUGAAUUCUAUUCAAAGUAAAAGUAGUACCUUAAACAACAUUGUGGAUGAUAGGGUCUGAGGGAAACCUUUUUGUUUCUUUUUUUAAAGAUUUGACUGGUUUUUUUCAAGGGAAUUUGGGGGAUUUUGUUUUGCCAUGCCUAUGAAGAUUUUUAUGUAAAAUAAGAGUAGUGGGCUGGUGCUUGGUCUAUGCAAAAAUGAAGUGUAAUAGCUUUUAUCUGUCAGGGUGCCCUGCAACUACUUCCCAAUGGGCUGAGAGACACUAUGUAAAAAAGAGAAAUCAAAAUCCUGACCUUAUAAGUAAAUUAAUCAUGGUAAUGAACAAGAAGUAAAAGGGAUGAUUUGAAGCUCCAAACUUCACUUGAAUUUCCUUACAAGACCAAGGAACAGAUACUUCAAAUUUAAAGCUAAGAUGAUGAUGAGCCAAUUAUGGGAUUUUUCUUCAGCCACUUGUGGGAUUAUCAAUGAAUUUACAGGAAAUGGGUCUGGUUUACCUGUGACCUACCUCUUUACCAAUCUAGUUAAUUAAAUCAACUCAGUAGAGUUUGAAAUUCAAAUGGAAUGUUCAUGGAAAUAACAUAGGUGCAAGAAAGAAAUACCCUCCUAAAGUUGGUGCUUAGGCACAGAAAACAAUACUAUUUAUGUUCCCCCAACUAACCCCUCCUAAUUCUUAGUGUCUCAGGGCCUAAAAGGCCUAAAAAUUGAAGCAACUUUAUGUUUCAUGCAAUCCCAGGCGGCAGUGACAGGAAGAUAGAAAUGGUAUUGCUAUGGGCUUUAGUGCUGUGUACCUGUCCUGAGACUUAAAGGCUUGCCAGGCCUUUACAGGUGGAGACACCACAGUUUAUGCAGAAAACACCCCAAACUGGUAUAUUACUCCUUUUUGAUGAUUUGGAUGGGACAGUGUCAGAGACACAAUACUGGCGUUUCGUCUUCUUAUGCUUUGCAGAUAUGAGAGAGAAACCCAGUACAGAUAGAGCCUUUAUGAUUCUUUGGACAUGAUAUAAAUUGUGAAUGGGUUUUGACCCCUUCCCCAAGUUAGGUCUAUCUCUGUUUAUGUGUAAGAGGUUGAUGGGCCCUUGAACCAGAGAGACCUGUGAGAAAAUGGCAGGAGAACAACCAGAGACCAUUGUGGAGGAAAGAGAAGAAUUCAUGGUCCCACUCACUACUGAUCCAAACCCAACUCUCAGAACUGCCCAUUUCCUCAAACCUUCUCUGGCUUCCAUCAACCAACAGCCUCUCUUCAAACCUCCUUCUCUUUCCUCUCCACUGACUGAUUUUGAACCUGGUGAAUGGCCGUUGAAGCUGGUUUUCACUGGGUGGAUAGACCCACAAAAGAAUUGGAAAACUUGGGUUGAUCAAAUGCAUCCUCAACACCAAUCUACAUGGAGGAAAGCUGGAAUUAAUGAAGCAAUCAUGUGUUCUACUUACAAAACCCGAAGAAACCAUGAUCUGUUUUGGGGCCUUGCAGAGAGGUGGUGUCCUUCCACCAACUCAUUCAUCUUUCCUUGGGGUGAAACUACAAUCACACUGGAGGAUAUCAUAGUUUUGGGGGGUUUCUCUGUUAUAGGUGAGCCUGUUUCCAAGCCUCUCGAAACAACUGAGUUGAUGAAACUUGAAGAAAACCUAUUGAAAUUGCUAACACAGUUAAAGAAAACCUUGAAGUCCUGCCACCAGGAAUGGAUGAAGCGAUUCAUGGGUAAGGGCAGUGAAUUGGAGCACAUAGCCUUUCUUUUCCUGUGGUUAUCAAGGUAUGUCUUCGGCCAAAAGUUUCCAAAUACUAUUGGUGGGAAUCUACUGUCUGUGGCAAUCCAUCUAGCUCGUGGCACCCGACUUGCGCUUGGGCCUGCAGUUCUUGCUAGCAUUUACAGAGACUUGAGUUUGUUGAAGGAAACAAUUAUAGCUUCAACAGAAUUACGGAUGGAUGGAAGUGAUGGUGAUAUUUUAUCACUCACUCUCCAGGCUCCUCUUCGCCUGGUUCAGGUUUGGGCUUGGGAGAGGUUUCCUGGGCUGCGGCCAGAGCCUAAUGCCAUGAAUCAUGGUGAGCCAAGAAUAGCCCGGUGGCAUGGAUUGAAAAGGUUGAAAAUUGAGAAUGUGAGGAUGGUUUUAGACUCUGCUCAAGACUGUUUUCAAUGGCGGCCUUAUGCCACCACAGUGAGCAAUUGGUCUUUCCCCAAGUUUUACAUUGAAAAAGAAGAGUGGAUGGUGGUUGAUUCUUAUUUGGAUCAAGAAUUGCAAUCAUUUGCUCAAUGCCUAAGGGUCUGUGAGCUGGUUGGAAUAGACUGUAUAGAACUGUAUCUCCCUCAUCGCGUAGCAAUGCAAUUUGGAAUUGAUCAAGAUCUUCCAUGUACUGUCACUAAAUCCCAUGAGAGUCCUGAAACUGCCUGGAGUAACUACGGUAAGCCGAUUUGGAAUGCGAAGUUGUAUGUUCCAUCUCGACUCUUUGAGGGCGAUGUUACCACCCAAUACUUGUCAUGGUGGAAGCAGUCCACUUGGCCUUCACAAGCUGCCUUUACGGGUGUCAUAAGGCAGCCAAGAAGUUUGCGGAGAAGUAGAAGAUCUCUAUGGGGUUCAACAGUUAAGAAAGAGGUUGAUGAUAAUGCUGAGGUUCCUCCUGGUUUUCUUCAUAAAUACAAUAUGGUGUACCCCAGGACUUCUGAAAGCUAUCUCAGGAGUUCAAAAGGAAAGAAAGGAGAUAAUGAUGGCGAUGUUCCUCCUGGUUUUGGCCACAGAAGCAACCUGAUACAUCAGAUAGAAAAAACUAUGCAGAAUGAAGCUGUGCCCAGAGGUUCAGAGGGAGCUGCUGAAGCUGCUAAUGAGAGUGAUGUUUAUAAUACUCCAAAAAUGAAUGAUAAUGAAGGACAGAACAGAAGCUACAAAGCAGUUGAGAUUCCUGGACUGGAACUUGAAGCUCGUAUUAGCAGGCUUGAAAGAGUGAUUGCUGAGCUGAAAGCAGAAAGAUUGGCUGCACGUUUGACUAGCAUCACAAAGCAAUAGUUAACAUGGUUACAGAUGAUAAUCAUGUACAGAUCUUGGUAGGUUUCCUGUAUUCAACAGAAAAUAUUAGUGUUCAACAUGAUAGUAGGGGAAAAAUAUUCAAUAGCAACAAAACCAUCCCGAUUUCUGCUUUUACAACUGUGGCUAGAUUUUACCAGAAGAAGCUUUGAAUUGUAUUGUGAGAUUGACUGUCAUUCAGCCUCUUCUUUAAUCAUUUCUUAUGAUCUUAAGUUACAU